CCACCAAAUUGGCGGGCCUCAGCUGCGAUCAGUUCUCAUUUUCUCGACCGCUUCUCGGCCCUGUUUGCUGGGUCUACAGCGGCGUCAACAAGAAGCCACCUUAACUUUACUGCUGCAUCUUCUAUUUUGACUUUUUAAAAAAGUCUACCCAUUCAUUACUUUGUUUACGCGACUUGGUUACCCCCGGAACCCGGCCUAAUCAAUCUUCGGCACUGGCUCGAAUAUCAAGCCGAAAAUCACCUUUGCAGUCGGCGUGCUGCCACGCCUGCUGCAGGUCACUGAUGCUGCUAGGCUGAGUAUGUCUGCCUUCCCUUGAUCAGCACGCGGAAGGCUUUCCUCGACUAGUUUCAAUAUUUGGAGGAAUUGAGUUUGUCAGGUCAAUAUAGAGAGAGCCCUUGUAUCAGCGGCCUCGAAAUACCGAGUAGAUCAAGAGGAAUACAAUAGUCCUACAAAAUGUCCGACCAUGACGAGAUUGCCUCUGGCUCGGGUUAUAACACCCCCGUCCCAGAGCUCGAUGACCACCGCAACCAGAUCUCAUCCUCUCAGAAGCUUGAGCGCCCGCGCCGUGGCACCGUUGAUACCCUAUACGGAUCCCGCCAGCAUUUACAGCCGGCUGCUCCCUAUUCACCAUCUGACGUCCGAGUUCGAGAUUUCGAAGAAGCAGUACUAGACGAAGAUGAUGAAGGCGUGUCACCUUUGACGCCUCACAGCCGCAGGCUUACUUUCAACUCCACCAACGAGCAGCAGCGUGCCGUGUCCCCCCCAAAUUCAGUCAAAGCGUUUGCAGAGGCACGCCGCCGCGAACGGGCCCUUUCCAUCACAGACGGCCGUGCGCAGAAAUCUGAGGAGGGUGAUACUCUUCAGCGAACCUAUUCUUCCACUAGCCGCAACAGCCACCUGAGCCAACGCUCUGGCCGUAGCAAACCUGGCACUUUCCUUGCCGACGACGGAGCAAGUUUAGCAACCAACAAGACUGCUGAGGAUGAUGUGUGCUUUCCCGUACAAGAAGAGCAUCGCCGUGACCAGUUACAUAUCGACUUCGACUACCUCGAGAAUUUCAUCGCAUCCGAAAAUGCCGCGCGCAGGGAAAGCUUCGACGCCCAGGAAGCUGUUCGAGUAUUCCCAAAUCUAAGACAAACCUCAACAGCUCCACCCCCACCCAUGAUUACUGUCGAUGGCGACUUUGUUAAUAUUCCGUAUGGAUCGUCCGAUAUUGAACACGAGAAGAUGUCACAAGCUCCCGAAUUACAAGAAGCAACGCCAAAACCGAUCGAUAAAGAGCACCUAGACCCCAAUCGUUUCAGCUUCUUCUCUUCCGCAUGGGAAUCUACCAUUCAUGCCGCUGAAUUCGGAGAUUUGGUUCUUCCUGGCGAGGAUCUGCGCGGUCUCUUUACUCUACCUCGAGACGAACCGGAUGGUGUCUGGUGGUUAAAUGUCAACAGGCCCUCCGAAGAGGAGGUGCGGGCUCUGUGUAAGGCCUUUGGGGUGCAUCCCCUAACAAUUGAGGAUAUCACAACUCAGGAGCCCCGGGAGAAAAUCGAAAUUUUUCCAUCGUAUUAUUUUGCAUCAUUCCGAUCUUUCAAUGUCGUCCAAGACGAUGAUGGUCCCGACUACGAGCCGUACAAUAUUUAUGUCGUGGUUUUUCGCGAAGGUACCCUUAGCUUCAGCUUUGUUCCGAACACCCACGCCUCUCUCGUCCGAAAGAGAAUCUCGAGCCUAAAGGACUACGUUUCCCUGAGUAGUGAUUGGAUCUGCUACGCUCUGAUUGAUAAUAUCGUCGAUUCGUUCGCACCUGCGAUCGAUAGGGUGGAGUCGCUCACUAUGUCCAUCGAAGACUCGAUCUUUGUCGCUCGACCAACCGAUAACAAUCUGUUCUUGCGCAAGCUUGGCAGUGUCCGUAAGAACACUCUAGCUCUCAUGCGAGGACUUGGAGGCAAGGCCGACAUCUUGAAGGGUUUCACCAAACGCUGCAACGAAGACUACAAAGUUACACCACGGAUGGAUAUAGGCAUGUACCUCGGUGAUAUCCAAGACCACGUGGUAACCAUGAUGACCAACCUCACCCAUUUCGAGAAGAUCCUAUCUCGUGCUCACAGCAACUACAUCGCCCAGUUGACCAUGGAUAGUAUUACGCAAGGAACGGAGACUAAUGCAGGGCUGAGCAAGAUUACGUUUUUGGCUACUAUUAUUGUGCCACUCAACGUCGUCACAGGUCUAUUCGGCAUGAACGUUCAUGUGCCUUUCCAAAACAUUGAAAAUAUCAAUGCGUUCCUUGCCAUCUUGGGGUGCCUUAUCUUCUUCUGUGCGACAUGUUUGAUCAUCGCUCGCAGAAUACGGCUUAUCUAGAGGAUUUAGCUAAGCGGGCGAUCUCAAGGCAUAGAACCAGUAGUAGGAGAUGGGAUUUGUGUUUUCGCUCAACCAUCAACGUUGUUAUGGUCGCGGCUCUCGAU